AUGAGUCCGCGCAGUGUACCUGAGCAGCUGGCGACUGCGCCGUCAAAGUCAUCUGCAGUCAGAGACUCGGUUGCGUCACUUUCCAGUGUCCAUUCUAGAUCGCUCUCUUCAUCCACCAAGACCGGUACUCCUAUUCCCCCCAACCUACUGCCCUCGGCGCCUGCGUCGCCUCCCACGCCUGCUCCCAGUCCGACCCCUCAUCAAAGACCUCCCACCUGGCAGACACCCGACGAGGAAGACGAUGCCUUUUUGCUGAACGCUCGGAUACACUUCUCCUCUCUCUCCAACGCUCGGAAGCAGAAGUUCUUGGAAGGCAUACUGGGGCUAUGUGAUAGCCAGCAUCUCAGCUUUGUGUCUAGCUAUGUUAGCCCCCGAUUAAGGAAGGAUCCGUUUCAGGUGUUUCCCAAUGAAUUAUGUUUGAGGGUCCUAUCAUUCAUCGAUGACCCGAAGACAUUGGCAAGAUCAUCCCAGGUAUCGAAACGCUGGCGGGAACUGCUGAAUGAUGAUAUUACGUGGAAGAACUUGUGCGAAAAGCACUCGUAUGCAUCUCGGAGGCUGUCGGAGGAUGACCGGGACUUCGUCGACCCUUUCCAUGGUCAGCCGUUGCAUGCUGUGUCCAGUACUCAGUCCUUGAGCGGGUUGCAAAGGAGACCCCAUGUGUCUACUCUCCAGCCUCGAGACGGUCUGCCCAACGUGUCGUCGCGCUCUUUGUCGGGAGACUGGCUCUCCCUGUCGGGGUACCCGUCACGCAAAAGACGGGUCCGACCUCUGUCCUACAGAUCGCAUUUCAAGCAAAAGUACAUGGUGGAAUCUGCCUGGAACAAGGGUGGGCGCUGUACGCAGCGACACAUCACUCCCGACCAGGGAGUGGUUACAAGUCUUCAUUUAACCCCCAAGUAUAUCGUGGUCGCACUGGACAAUGCCAAGAUUCAUGUAUACGACACCAACGGGGAUAACCAGAGAACCCUCCAAGGCCAUGUGAUGGGCGUAUGGGCGAUGGUUCCUUGGGAUGACAUCCUUGUGAGUGGUGGGUGCGACCGAGAAGUGAGGGUCUGGAACAUGGCGACCGGUGCCUGUCUCUACCUCUUACGUGGCCAUACGUCAACCGUGCGUUGCCUCAAAAUGUCCGACAAGAACACGGCUAUCUCGGGGUCACGGGAUACAACGCUGCGGAUAUGGGAUCUGGCCUCGGGUACCUGCAAGAACGUUCUGGUUGGGCAUCAAGCUAGUGUCCGCUGCUUGGCCAUCCAUGGCGAUCUGGUUGUUUCGGGAAGCUAUGAUACCACGGCACGCAUCUGGAGCAUUUCUGAGGGGCGGUGCUUGCGGACGCUCUCUGGUCAUUUCAGCCAAAUCUAUGCUAUCGCGUUUGAUGGCAGACGCAUCGCCACCGGCAGUCUAGAUACCAGCGUGCGGAUCUGGGAUCCGCACUCGGGUCAGUGCCAUGCUAUCCUUCAGGGCCAUACCUCCCUAGUAGGACAGCUGCAAAUGCGGGGAGAUACCCUGGUCACUGGUGGCUCUGACGGGUCUGUUCGAGUUUGGUCAUUGACCAAGAUGGCUCCCAUUCACCGGCUUGCGGCUCAUGAUAACAGCGUUACCAGCUUGCAGUUCGACAGUUCGAGAAUUGUUAGCGGUGGUAGUGACGGUCGUGUCAAGGUGUGGAGUCUACAGACCGGCCAAUUACUCAGAGAGCUGUCGACACCGGCAGAAGCUGUAUGGAGGGUGGCCUUUGAGGAAGAGAAAGCUGUGAUCAUGGCAAGUAGAGCAGGCCGCACAGUGAUGGAGGUUUGGACUUUCUCGCCACCACCCGAAGACGAUGGCGACGAUGCGGUGAUAGUGGAGAGUGCUUCCAGCACACCGGGUCUGCACCCCACGAACAACGACAGCCGACAUAGGGAGCGCUAUUCGGACCCCCCGCCUAGUGUGCCGCUCAAUAGUGACGAUGACCAAACCAUGGUGGAUGCCCCUGCCUCCUAA